UUUUACUUGUGGAAAAGGAAUAACGGUUGCGUUGCACGGUCUCUCGGUGUGUGCUCGGGGUCUUUUAGGUCCUGCACAAAUCCGCGUCUGCCCCCGGACACCUGCACAGCUCAGACUUGGUGCUUUUCCCCUCCACGAGUUACCGCGGCGAGUCCCUGAGCACUUAAGCCGUAACCUGCAGUUUAUUUUUCUCUUGGAGUUGCUACAAGUUCUUUAAUAAUGUUGGGCAGCGGCAAGUCACCGGCCACCAGCUCCCGGGAGCCGGGGAAAAAAGUGGCCGAGAAGACCAUGGACCCCAUCAGGAAGCUCGGGCUCCUGGACAAUGAGGAUAUACAUCUGAUGAUGAAGGGCUCCAGCAUGGUGAAAAUUCGCUCCCAAAGGUGGCAGAAAAGCCGAAACCUGCGGCUGCUGGAGGAUGGACUCACCGUGUGGUGUGAGUCGACCAAGAGCUCCCGCAAAGCUAAAGCCCAGCAGACAUUCGCAGUGACAGAGGUGGAGUGCGUUCGUGAAGGCUGCCAGUCGGAGGCGCUGCGGCGGGUGUCGGGGUCAGUGCCGGACAGCCGGUGCUUCACGGUGGUGUUCAGGGGAGCCAGGAAGAGCCUGGACCUGCUGUGCCCCGGUGAGGACGAAGCCCAGCGCUGGGUGCGAGGGAUCCGCACCUUGAAGGAGCGAGUGGCCAACAUGACUCAGAAGGAAAAACUGGACCAUUGGAUCCGAGGCUACCUGAGGCGAGCGGAUCAGAACCAAGACGGCAAGAUGAGCUACGACGAAGUCAAGCGGCUGCUGCAGAUGAUCAACAUUGACUUGAGUGAGCACUACGCUCGCUCGCUAUUCAAGAGAUGUGACCGGUCCGGUGAUAACCGUCUGGAUCAUAAAGAGAUCGAGGAGUUCUGCAGGGAGCUGAUGCGACGGCCUGAGCUGGAUGGCGUGUUCAGACACUAUUCAAGUAAUGGUUGUGUACUCUCCACUGCGGAGCUGCGCGACUUCCUGGGAGACCAGGGUGAGGACGCCUCGUUGAAUCACGCUCAGAGCCUCAUACUCACCUAUGAGCUCAAUGACUGGGCCCAGAAGAACCAGUUCAUGACCCAAAAUGGCUUCACCAUGUACAUGCUGUCAUUGGAGAAUGAUGUGGUAAACCCCAUCCACGCCAGAGUCUAUCAAGACAUGAGCCAUCCCCUGUCUCACUACUUCAUCUCCUCGUCGCACAACACCUACCUUACCAAGGACCAGGUCACUGGCGCCAGCAGCACGGAGCCAUACAUCAGGGCUCUGAAUCAGGGCUGUCGCUGUGUUGAGCUGGACUGCUGGGAUGGAGACAAAGGUGAACCCGUCAUCUACCACGGCCACACUCUCACCUCCAAGGUGUCCUUCAAGGAGGUCAUUGAAACCAUCGCCCAGUAUGGCUUCAAGGCGUCCCCAUACCCUCUAAUUCUAUCCUUGGAGAACCACUGUUCUGUGGAGCAGCAGGCUGUGAUGGCUAAACACCUCCGCACCAUCCUCGGCAGCAAACUGCUCACGAAACCCCUUAGUGACAACCCACUGAAAGAUCUGCCUUCUCCCGAGGACCUGAAGGGGCAUAUUCUGGUAAAAGGGAAGAAGCAUAUCCCUCACAUCGGCCAGCUGGGCAAGACGGGCAGCUGUGCCAGCUUCUCAUCCAGCUCUGAAGACGAACUAGCCAUCAGCAAUAAGAACACACCCAAGAAGGAUCCCACAAAGGUUUAUUCUAAACUGAGCCCCGACCUAUCAGAGCUGGUGGUGUACUGCAGGAGUGUCCCCUUCUGUGGCUUUGAAAAUACAUCUGAAAAACCACCCAAUGAAAUGUCCUCCUUCUCUGAAAGUGAAGCCCUUAAGCUCAUCAAAGACUCGGGAAAGCUUUUUGUAAGACACAACAGCAGGCAGCUGAGCAGGAUCUACCCCUCCGGCCAGCGUCUCCAAUCAUCCAACUAUGAUCCCCAGGAAAUGUGGAACGGUGGAUGCCAGAUGGUGGCUCUGAACUUCCAAACACCAGGGGAGUCGAUGGACCUGAACCAGGGUCGCUUCCUUCCCAACGGCCGCUGUGGAUACACCCUCAAACCUGGCUUCCUGUGCAGCACCACGUCCGAGUUUAACCCAGAGAUCACAGGAGGAGGCCCUGGUCACAUCCCCACCCAACUGACAAUACGAAUCAUAUCAGCGCAGCAGCUGCCGAAAAUCAACACAGAAAAGGCGAGCUCCAUCGUGGACCCUCAAGUGUGGGUGGAAAUUCAUGGGGUGGAUAUCGAUAACGCAAGAGACAAGACGCAACGCAUUGACAACAAUGGUUUUAAUCCACGCUGGGAUUGCACGCUGAGCUUCCAGCUGCAGGUCCCUGAUCUGGCCCUGGUGCGGUUUGUCGUGGAGGACCACGACCACACUGCUAAAAAUGACUUUGUGGGACAGUUCACUUUACCUUUCACAAGCCUUCGUUCAGGUUACCGACAUGUUCACCUAUUAAAGGCAGAUGGUUCUAGUCUGUCCCCUGCCACCCUCUUUAUCCAUGUCAAAGUGAGUCGCAAACGAGUUCCCGGCUUAACCGUGUCCGAGCGAAUCGCCAUUGCCAAAGGCAAGGCAUGAAUGACGUACAUCUGGAUCAGAUGGAAAGCUGCAUUUUCCAACAACAAAGAGCUUUGGAGACGGAGCCCUGACUGUGAGGAGGAGAGGACUUAUGCCGCUGCUGCUGCCAGCCGGUCAGCCAGUCCAUACCUCGAUUGGUCCAAUUUAAACCGAGCCACUUUCCAACACAGGAAGAAAGAUGGUCUUUAUCAGAGAUGAAGAAGCAUGCUGGCUCUCAGCAAAUGAAUUGCCUGGAGCUAGAUAAUAAAUCCCUUUUACACUGUGGGAGUAACUGGUCUUGUCAGUGCUGAGGGCUCUGGAAACGGCUGAGGAUGGGGUUCAUGAAACACACUAAUACAAGACUCUUAACGAAAUUAAUCUAAAUACAGUUAGCCCUAGUGUGUAGGAGGUUAUCUCAAACGGUAUAUGUUGGACACAGUGAAAGCUGUAGUUCAUCGUUAAUAAUCUGUAAUGUAUUUAUGAUUCAAGAAUUAAUUUAACAUUUUUAAAUUUAAUAUAUAUUUGCCUUAACUUAUAAAAUGAAGAUGAUUUAACAAAAAUAGUCCAUACUUAACCCAUAAGUGCUUUGAAUAAGAAUCAGACCAUGACUAGCUGUGACUAAAAAUGAUAAACAUUGUUUUACUAAUAAAGGUUUCAGCACUGAGUGUCAUGUAUUACAGAUGUAGUACUGUGAUAUUCGUCCAUGAAUGUUGAACAAAAGUUCAGUGGUUAGGUUUACUCUUAGUUUCUCUCUAUAUUCUGAGACAAAUGAAUGGAUAUAUUUCCACAACUUACAAAUGAACUUGAAACCGUAACAGUAUUAACUUGCAGAUCUACUUAAAGUUUACAUAUGGUCUUACAAAAUGUAAUUUAUGGUAUUUGCUUCAGUGAAAUUUCCCACACGUUUACGAUAAGGUGUCAAAUUGUAUUAGACUCUUAAGGUUUUUUUGCAUGUCUGCAAUCUAUUGACCAUCCUGUAUUAUUAUUUUAUUGUCUUAGUACUUGACAUCUAUUAUAUUGCGAUACAACCAGUUAUUAGUGUAGGCCAAAAUGAAUCAUACAAUACAUACAUUUACAAGGCUUACAGUGAUGAAAGGUGCUGCACAAUAAUUAUUGUAAUGACAGUAUAUAUGGUCAGAUAGGUUUCAGUAGAUAUUCUGAAUGGUUUUCCAGUGUUAAAGGUUAUGGCCUGUGUUGUAGGACAGGCAGUCUGUGUUAUGUAUACAUGAGAAAGAACUGUUUUCAUAAAAGCACUAAUUACA